AUGUGUGAUGCAAUUUAUUUGUCUCUUGAUAAAUUAUGGGAUAUUCCUUAUAAAAUUGGACUGAAAGCUUCUUUGUUAAACCUGUGUAGGUUAAAAUUACUUUUAUUUGUUACUCCUAUUGCAUUAGGACCUAAUAAUAAUGAAAAUGAUAUUGAAAGAACACAAACUACUACUAUAAAAAAAAAUUGUAAUUCUCUGAGUGCUGAAUUAUAG